AGAGGGCUGAAGCUUCCCGUCAUGGGCACAGGAGUUUGGGCUUGGGGGGACGAAGCGAUCUGGAACUACGGUGCGCAGGGAGGAGCUUCAGUGCAAUCCAUAGAGGAAGCAUUGGAGGUCGUUGUCAGCAGUGAUCUUGGCUUCCUUGAUACGGCUGAGGUCUAUGGCAAUGGAGAGAGCGAGCGCCUCGUCGGCUCCCUGCUCAAGAAGCUGCCGGAAGAGAAGCGGCGCAAAGUAAGGGUGGCCACGAAGUUUUACCCGGUUGUGCCCUCGACGAAUCUUCCCCGGGGAGCUCAGGAUCUGAUCCCAGCACUUGAUGCCUCCUUGGCUCGUCUUCAGCUACCCAACGUCGACCUGUACCAGAUUCACGGCCCUGGUCUUCAGUCCUCAGGGGAGGAGAUUGGGGAAGCGCUGGCAGAGGCUGUGAUCUCAGGGAGGUGCAAGGCUGUUGGAGUCUCAAACUUUGCGUUCGAAGAGCUUCUGCCUGUCUACCGGAUCUUGGAGAAACGAGGGAUUCCGCUGACGUCAAAUCAGGUUGAAUUUUCUCUGCUCCGAAGGCUACCUGAAACAGGAGGAUUGCUCGAAGAAUGCAGGAAGCUUGGAAUCUCUAUACUUGCAUACUCGCCUCUGGGGAUGGGAAGGUUGACGGGAAAGUACGGCAAGGACAAGAAGGCCCCUCGCUCGAGGUUCUUCGGGAGGGUUUCAGAUACCAAGGCAAGAUGGCUGCUCUGGAUCGUCCAGCUCGAAGCUCUGCUCGACCGCAUGCGGGAAGUAGGAGCGGCGCAUGGAGGGAAGACCCCAGGGCAGGUCGCCCUCAAUUGGGUCAUGUGCAAGGGCGCCAUUCCCAUCCCCGGAUGCAAGAACGCCAGGCAAGCACAGGAGAACGCAGGGGCCCUUGGCUGGCGACUGAGCGAUGAGGAGGUCCACAGUCUUGAUCUCCUU